UUACAAGUGAAUCUGAUGAUGGUGAAUCUGAUGAUAAUGGUGAUUUUGAAACAUUUGAGGAUUAUGCAUCACUGGAUUAUGAGCCAUUUCGAGAUCCACCAAGUACAGAAUCAAUUGAUGAUGACCGAUUUUU